AAGACGGUGGCCGAGAGCUCUUGGGAAGGCGGACGGUGGCCGACAAGGUCGGUCAUGGAUCAUCUGGAGCGCUGCGCGAGGGUCCUCAGGGGGACGCUGGUGCGGGCGGCUGUGCGGCGCUACCUGCCCUGGGCGCUGAUGACGUUCAUGCUGGCGGGCUCCCUCCUCAAGGAGCUCUCUCCGCUGCCGGAGAGCUACCUCAGCAACAAGCGCAACGUCCUUAACGUGUAUUUUGUCAAACUAGCCUGGGCCUGGACCUUCUGUCUCCUCCUGCCUUUCAUUGCUCUCACCAACUACCACCUGACAGGCAGGGCUGGGCUGGUCCUGCGGCGGUUGAGCACCCUGCUUGUGGGCACGGCCAUCUGGUAUGUCUGCACAACCAUCUUCUCCAACGUUGAACACUACACGGGUAACUGCUACCAUUCGCCAGCCCUGGAAGGGGUCAGGAAGGAGCACCAGGACAAACAGCAGUGCCACGGGGAAGGAGGCUUUUGGCAUGGCUUUGACAUCUCAGGCCACUCCUUCCUGCUGACCUACUGUGCCCUCAUGAUUGUGGAGGAGAUGGCCGUGCUGCAUGAGGUGAAGACGGACCGAAGCCACUGCCUCCAUGUCGCCAUUACCACCCUGGUCGUGGCCCUGGGCACCCUGACCUUCAUUUGGGUGUUGAUGUUUCUGUGCACAGCUGUUUAUUUUCAUGACUUGUCCCAGAAAGUGUUUGGCACCCUGUUUGGUCUGCUGGGCUGGUAUGGGACGUAUGGAUUUUGGUAUCUGAAAUCCUUUUCCCCAGGACUUCCUCCCCAGACCUCUAGUUUCAGUUUGAAGCGAGACAGUUAAAAGAAAUAAAAGAGAAACGAAAGGGGUGGCAGCAGGACAGUGGCUAAUAUAUUUUUCAUUUAUUUGUCUUAGUUGGCUAAAUUAUCGCUCCUACUGCAGAGCGGAAGCUUACCAGGCAGUUUUGGUGUGUGGUGGUAGAGUCUGGGGAGCACAUUUAGUCCCCAGACUAAUCUUGCGACGUUAUCCUGUGUCAUAAGCACCACCAUUCCAGCCAGACACUUUUCGUCCCUGGCAGGACUCGACCUUGGUCUGGAACUCUGCUUUUGUCUCUAAAGGGCAGAGCAGAGGCUCAGCGAAAAGACAGAAUCAGGAAAGCUUCCCUUGGGUGGCUGAGGGAGGCCAGGGGCCUCAGGACUCUUACCUGCUGCCAUCAUCCUGAUUCUGGUUGUCUUUUGGUUUUAAUGUCUGUUAAUGCUGUUAUUUAAAAAUGUUUCCCUCUGGUCCAUUUUGCACAAGCAUUUAUUUCAGGCAGGGUUGUUUAUAAAACUACAAACUCUCUGGUUGUAGUAUUUGUUUAUCCAUGGAAUGUUAAAUAUUGUGACUGGCUUGGGAUUAGCUACCAAAACAGGCCUGUUGAACUGGAGUGCCUCUGUGACUUAGUAUUGUAUGAUUUUAAUGUCAUGAACAUUGAUGACUUUCUGUCAGUGAUUUCUAUGAACGUGUGUUGGUUUUUGAAGCAAUAAGGUUACUGUUUUUUCUUCCUUUUUGAGUGAAUGCUUUCUAGGUUUUAGUAACAACCGUGGCCGUUGUUCUUUGUGGACAAAACUGAGAAUAACUCACAAUGCCAGUGCUACACGUUGACAUGUGUAGAUUGUUUUGAGGGUUUUUUUAGAACACUAAUUUACUUUUUAUAAACCAAAAUCUUGGCUUAUGGUAUUAAAUUCCACCUCGCAGGGCUGUUGUCUUUAUUAAGAAUAAAACAGGAAAGCAGGUGGUUUAAUAAUAACUUGAUAAAUUUCAAGCUGAGUCAGAGUAAUUUUGCAAAAUGCAUAUUUGCACUGAAAUGUUCCUGACCACAUAUCAGUGGUACAGACUGAAGAGUGCUUCAUGGUCCUAAGUACAUUGAUAGGUCUUCGGUGGCCUAUGGCGUUUUUACCUUUUGAGCAAGAUUAUGAUAACUCAGAAGUAAAAUAAAAUGUCUCCCGU